CUGACUGCACAUGCGCACCCACUCCAAUUGACGUCAAUGUUAGAGCUAACACAAACAGACAAAGCUAGCAUCCACGCUGCUGUCGUGAUGCAUCAAGAUUAUAUUGAAAAGAUCAGGAGGGUAGCAAAAAAGAAGGCGACAAGAGAAUGCGAGCAUACAUCUAUAACUCAUAAGCCGAUAACGUUGAAGCAGAUAUGCCUCAACGCAACCAGCAAACACAUGGAUGUCAUCGGCAUGCAUGUUCUUGACCUACCAACCGCUCUCAUAAAGGAUCUAUUGCCUAACCUGAACAUAGUUGAUCUUGAUUAUGUUCAUCCAACAGUGAAGCUCAAAGGUAUUUCCACAUCCUGUCUGUGGUCAGGAAUACUUCAAAACAUACUUGGAACUUCGAAGAAAAAACUGAAACUGACAGAAGAUGAAUUGAGGCAGAAGGCUAUGGAGAGACUCUUUUAUUUUACAUUCUUUGGUUACCGCUUCAGAAGCGAUAUUAAAUACCUACUUAACGUCAAUUUCAACUCCAUGCUCUUAGUUAUGGCCAAACAUGUCCACAGAUUCUGCCUUCAUGAUUCUCGUUACUUGUACAGUUUCAUCUCAGAGCAGAGACCUGUUCUGAGCGUCCUUGAGAAGAAUGUACGGUGCAUUGAGGUGGAGCGCGACACACAGUUGAUCAGCGUGGCAGCGCGAUGUGUGCUAUAUGUACUCCAUCGUCUCAUUGACCACGGAGCAGCUGGAGAAGUUGUGAUGUGGAAUCCAGAUCCCACUCUACUUGGUUGGAUUCUCCAUGGCAGACAGUCUCAGGGUACUAGCCAAAGUUGCCCAGUGAAAAACAAAGCAAAAGGCACUCCCCCUGCAGGAAAUGCCCACGCAGCUCACUCCUCAACACCGAAGUGGAAGGAGCCUGUUGACGAUGACGAGGAGGAGCAUGUGAUACCGUGCAAGCGUCCGAGGUUAACCUCCCUUUCCCUGAAGAAAGAAUCAGAGGAGUUUCGCGAGUAUAUGGCUCCUGAACACCUGUGUCAGAUUUUUACUCCUUCGGCUGGGCCCACCAGACAGGUCUGUCCUCUGGGCCAGAUCCAUUCACUUGAGAUUAAGGAAUUCGGCGAUCAUAUUCUUCCCGUCCUGUUGCCUCUCCUCUCCACCUGGCUGUGCCUCCGCUCUCUAAUCCUCAGUAGUCGAAAGGUCUUUCAGAAGAGGGAUGUGUUGAUGCUGGCGGACUCCCUCAAGGAGCUGUCUGAGACGUCCGGCAGCUCCCUGACUGAGCUGAGUGUGGGCUACCUGGCUGACGCUUCCCUCGUGGGGGGGCUACUGGAUGCGUGCCACAACCUCAGGUCCUUCUCAAUGGAGGUCCACCCCAUGGAAAUGUUCCACAGACCCCUUCAGGAACAGCCUCCCCGACAGGAAGCCCGAGCAGAGUUGCUUCUUGAAAAGCUGAAUGUGAAACUACCUCAGGUGGAGACCAAUCUGGAGAGCCUUUACUCUGUUCUGGAACGUUCUCCGAAUCUCACCUCCGUUCACAUCUCGGGCUUGCGACUAUCAAGAGGCCACACACACGACAAGCUCCUCCAGACUAUCACACAGUCAAAUCGGUGCCUGAAAAAGUUGCACCUUGAAGAUAUGAAUCUGGCUGUUUGUCACUGUGCCAUCUUUCAUCUCCUUGGCAACUGUUUGUUGGAAGAACUGUCAUUCAAGGACUGUCGGCUACUUGAGAAAUGCAGCAAGAAGGAUGCGUUCAUGCGGGAACUGGUGACGUCCCUGAAGGCAAUUGCAUCUCUCCAAUCCCUUAACCUGUCUCACAAUCGUCUCGCCAAGAAUGUGCCUGCCCUGGGGGAGCUCUUCACUGGAGCCUUACCAAGCACGUUGACGGAACUUGACAUCAGCUCAAACUUCAUCCAACCACCUGAGCUGCUGGAGUUGGCGAGGGAGUUUGAGACGAAGCGUCCUCCUCUGCACUUGACCCUUGACCUUAUGUGCAACCCCCUGGAUCGAGACCCCCUGGUACGGGACCAGGCCUUGGACACACUCAGACCACUCUGUCAUGUUCUGACAGACCAGUGGAAUUCCAGGACUACUAUGGCUGACCACAUCAGCAACAUGUGACCAAACACGACUUACACGCAAUUGUGUAGAGUUACUUGUCAUUGACGUUAAAGGAAGUUGUUUCUAUUACUUUGGACGGUUGUGAUAUAUUGUAUAUAUGUUGAUUAAAGAAAUUACCAAAAUGUGCCAUGUGUUUACAUACUGAUUAUCUCCAAAUAAAGCACCUGGGUAACAGGGUGAAAUACCCAUAGUAAUGUAUUAGAAUUGCUGAAAAUUUUUAUAUUGUCCAUUUAUUCAUUCGUUCAUUUGUAAAUAUGGCAGGUUUGGUUUCCACGCUUACUGGCCUCCUCUCAUUCUAGUUCGUGUGAAUACACAGAUAAAAGAAUAUAUGCAUGAAUGAAUACAUGAAUACACAUGAAUGGAUGAAUA